UCGUUUGUUUUGUUGUUUAUUUACCAUGUCAGCUGUGCUGAGGAUGGUGUUAUUAUGGUGUCAAUACUUUCACUUUACGUAGUGUUUUUACACGGAGUUUUCCAAACUUUUUAUACCAGCGAAUGUGCCUUCAAUAUCUUCAGGUAUCCAUUGAAUAGAGUAGAGAAGAAAUAUGGCAGCUUGUCGGAGAGUGAGCGGCUCAGACUCAAGAAGGACACUCGAGAUAUGUUUUAUUUUGGCUAUGACAGCUAUAUGAAAUAUGCCUAUCCCAAAGACGAGCUAAACCCCAUAUAUUGCUGUGGAAGAGGACCUGAUUAUGACAAUCCGUCCAAUAUCAACAUUAAUGACAUCCUUGGAGAUUAUUCUUUGACCUUGAUUGAUGCAUUAGAUACGCUUGCAAUUCUUGGUGAUGCAGAAGAGUUCCGAAAAGCUGUGAAGCUAGUCAUUGAGAAUGUUAGUUUUGACAAGAACUCUACUGUGCAGGUCUUCGAGGCAAAUAUAAGAUUGUUGGGAGCAUUAUUAUCAGCUCAUCUCCUCAUCCAGGAUGAAAAUAAACCAUUUGGGGACCUUGAACCUGAAUGGUAUGAUGGGGAACUGCUGGAGAUGGCCUCUGACCUUGCUUCAAGAUUCCUUCCAGCCUUUGACAACUCGAAGACUGGCCUUCCUUACCCUCGAGUAAAUCUCCGUGAGGGAGUACCAGAAGGAAGCCGCACAGACACGUGCACAGCUGGCGCUGGGUCUCUCUUAGUGGAGUUUGGAGUUCUUAGUCGCCUCAUUGGAGACCCUGUUUAUGAAAUGUCUGCAAGAAGAGCCAAUAGGGUUCUGUGGAAAUUAAGGAAUUCAAAAACUGGACUUCUUGGCAAUGUUGUGGAUGUGAACACAGGAAAAUGGGUAGGGGAGUUGAGUGGCGUUGGAGCUGGACUUGACAGCUUUUAUGAGUAUCUUCUUAAAGCUUACAUCCUCUUUGGCCAUCCUGAGGACUACUCCAUGUUUAAUGAGACAUAUACACUUAUUAAGCAGUAUAUGAGAAGGGGUCGACCACACUGUAACUCUGGCACUGGUGAUCAUCCUUUAUAUGUUAAUGUUGAUAUGAAGAAUGGUGGAACCCAAACUACCUGGAUAGAUUCUCUCCAAGCUGCCUUUGCUGGAAUACAGGUUUUAGCUGGUGACGUGGAGGAAGCCAUUUGCACACAUGCUCUCUAUUAUACAAUUUGGAAAAAGUAUGGUGUACUGCCUGAAAGAUUCAACUGGCAGCGUAUUUCUCCAGACGUCUUGUUUUACCCACUGCGACCUGAAUUUGUAGAAUCUACAUACUUGCUCUACCAGGCAACCAGAAACCCAUUCUAUCUGCAUGUGGGUCGGGAUAUACUGACUUCUCUUAACAACUUGACCAAAGUUCAGUGUGGUUAUGCCACUGUUCAUUCCGUCUUAGAUAUGACUCACGAGGAUCGUAUGGAAUCUUUUUUCCUCUCCGAGACUUGUAAAUAUCUGUACUUGCUGUUUGAUAUAGACAAUCCAGUUAACCUAAACUCCCAGCGGUACAUGUUUACUACAGAGGGACAUAUUCUACCUUUGGCUCCUUGGCUUCGACAGCAGAACUGGGAUACUGAUAUUUUUCCAUCAAUAAAUCCUUCAGUGCAAGCAAAUGUUACUCAGGCAAAUUGUGCUGUCAUUGAUGAAGAGAGAGUCUACGGUCUCCCACUGAAAAGCCAAUAUCUAGAACAAAUAUACGUGUCCCUUGGAGUGGAGUUAUGAUGACUGGUUAUAUUAGAAACACCUAUACAAUUGUUACAGCAAUUUAUGCAAGACUAUGUUCCUACCUGUCUAAUUCAAAGAGUGAAGAACUUCUGACAUUAUAUUUUCCAUUAAAGUAUUCUUGGCAAACACAGUUGUGUGUGAUUCACAGAAUUUCACAAAUGUAUUAAUGAAAAAUGGUAAACAAUCUUACUCAGCAUGUUGCAAACUUUACAUCUUUCUUCAAUUUAAUGGGUCAUCUAAGGUUAAAAUGUUUGAUUAUUAUACUUGAAAUUUGAUACAGUAAUAAUUAGUAUUUACUCUAUUUAUGCAAUAUCUUUCCUAAGAUAUCAUAAUUAGCAUUUACAGUACAUAUUAAUUAAAUAUUCAACGAUUAAAGGGGGGUUACCUUGCGAUGAUUUCGGGACUCUACGUCCCCUCGGCCCAGUCCUCGACCAGACCACCUGGUUGCUGCACUGGUCAACCAGGCUGCUGAGAAAAAUCUCUUAACAAAAUUUCUCUCAACAAUGUUGAGGAAAAAAUGAGAGAAGAGAAAAAUCUUGCCCAGCUUUCCCUAGACAUAAUAUACAAGAUUCUUAGAUGACUAACUUACUCUGAAUGUGUCAUACAAGUCUUAAAUGUGAAACAAAAUG